AUGUUCGCGCUCGCGUCGUCGUCCGCGUCCGUCUCGGCGCGCGCCACGUCGCCGAAUCGCGCGUCGUCCGGCGCUCGAGGCGCCGCGGUCGUCGCCGCGGCCGGGGUCGAGCCGAUCCCCGCGUCCGAGGCGAUGAAGCUCGCGGAGAGCGGCAAGGUGGCGAAGCGCAAGGGCUUCGUCGAGACGAUGGGCUUCGCCGGAUGGGCCCCCGAGGUCAUCAACGGCCGCGUCGCGCAGAUCGCGUUCGUCGCCGGCGCCGCCGCGGAGGCAGUCACGGGCGAGACGCUGCCGGCGCAGGCGCACGACCACGUCUUCUCGCUCGCGUUCGCGUCGUCGCUCAUCGCGCUCGCGUCGUUCAUGCCGAACGUCCAGGGCGAGAAGUACACGUCCGAGCCGGAGAGCAAGGGUGCGUUCGGGCCGUUCUCGCCGGGGAAGGAGCUCCUGCACGGGCGGUUGGCGAUGGUGGGGCUCGCGGCGUGGAUCGCGAUCGAGUCCCACACGGGCGUCGCGUUUUUUCAUCGCUGA